CUCUCUGACACUUUUACACUUAAUUCCCUCAUUAGACAUUUAGAAAACUUAAAUGUGUUACGUUGCAUUGCAUGCAAAUCACUCAAGUUAAGUGUUCUCCAAGCUGAUCAACAAGUCUUCUAGAAGAUUGAUAGUAGAACAUUGCAUACUUCUUAGUUCUUAUUACCACUAAGGCAGUUUUAAACUAAGUUGGUUCAAGAAACAUGGAUCCUAAAGUAGCAAUAGAGGACCAAUUUUCCAAGUUGCACCCUUCCUUCCCAGAAAGCAUAAGAAUUGGAAUAGUUGGUGGUGGUCCAAGUGGCUUAUCAGCAGCUUAUGCACUUGCCAGGCUUGGUUACAAGAAUGUCACAGUCUUGGAGAAGCAUCACACAGUUGGUGGCAUGUGUGAAUCAGUAGACAUUGAAGGAAAAGUAUAUGAUCUAGGUGGGCAAGUUCUUGCUGCAAGCAGUGCUCCAAUCAUUUUUCACUUGGCAAAAGAGACAGGCUCAGCACUAGAAGAAUUAGACUCUCACAAGCUUGCUAUUAUCAACCCUUCCAAUGGAGAAUAUCAAGAUAUUAAAGUUGCUGAUGAUUAUGUAUCUGUUAUGUCACUUACAUUGGAAAUUCAGGAAAAGGUGAAGAAUUCUGGUAGAAUUGGGGUGCAUGGAGUGAGUGACAUUGCUCCAGAGUUGGCUCCAGAAUAUCUUGAAUGUCAUGGACUCAAAUCUGUUCCUAAAUCUGUGGCUUAUGGUUACACUGCCUCAGGAUAUGGCUUUGUUCAAGAUAUGCCUUAUGCAUACCUUCAUGAGUUCACUAGAACCUCCAUGGCUGGAAAAAUCCGAAGGUUUCGAGACGGAUAUACAAGUCUUUGGCAGAAGAUUGCUCAAUCAAUUCCUUUGAAACUUUGCUGCAACACUGAAGUAUUGACACUUAGAAGGAACUCUGAUGGUGUCACAGUUAAUGUCAAGAACUUAAAUGGAGUUGAAACUUUGGUAUUUGAUAAGAUCAUAAUCUCUGGUUCAUUUCCAUUGAAAUAUGGAAGAACUUAUAGAUCAUUGCCUUCAACUUGCACAGAUUGUGAACCUGAAGUAAUGGAUACAAGUGAUCUUGAAAAAGAUUUGUUCAGCAAAGUAGAAACAAAUGACUACUACACUACUGUUUUGAAGAUUAAUGGACUUGAUCAUUUGCCUGUUGGAUUUUAUUAUUUCAAUGAAUACAUGGAAGAUCCUAGCACAAUUGGACAUCCGGUUGCAAUUCAAAAAUUUUAUGCAGACACUAACAUAUUCUUGCUUUGGUCCUAUGGUAACUCUACUGAUAUUAAAGGACCUGCUGUCACAAAGCUUGCAAUCAAGACAGUAGAAUCCAUGGGGGGAGAAGUUCAGAAAGUCGUUCUUCAACGGCGCUUUAAGUAUUUUCCUCAUGUUAGUAGCCAAGCUAUGAAAGAUGGAUUCUAUGAAAAGUUGGAAUCAGUACUUCAAGGUUCAAGGAAUACUUACUAUGUAGGUGGCCUUAUGGCAUUUGAGCUUACAGAGAGGAAUUCAUCUUAUGCCAUGGCUUUAAUAUGCAAGAACUUUGCAAAUAGCAGUGAUUUGCCAAUGUAUCCUUAUACUAAGAGUUUGUUUCCAUUGAGAACUGAGUGCCAAGAAAUGGAUCCUAAAGAGUUAGGUGAAUUGCCAGGAGUGCAUUUUCCUAAUUUGCCUACUUUGGAUGGCUAUUUAAGGCAAUGGGGAACUCAUCCUAUCACUCAAGACAGAACACUUUACACUUGGAUCAAUGAAGAAGGCGCACCGGUAGGCCAGAGGACUUAUGCAGAACAACAUCUUAAUGCAUCUUGCAUUGCUCAUAAGCUCUUAACAAGCCAAAAGCCUGUUAUCAAGCCUGGGGACAAGGUUCUUCUUGUUUAUGUGCCUGGUCUAGACUUCAUCGACGCCUUCUUUGGAUGCCUAAGAGCUAGAGUCAUACCAGUUCCAGUUCUUCCUCCGGAUCCAAUGCAAAGAAGUGGACAAGCACUAACAAAAAUUGAAAACAUUGCCAAGUCAUGCAGCAUUGUGGCAAUUUUGUCAACAGUUGCUUAUCACUUGGCUGUCCGGGCAGGUUCAUUGAAAAAUUUUAUCUCAUUAACUGGGAAAAGUGGGAAGUCCUCAGCUCGUUGGCCGAAUCUUCCAUGGCUGCACACUGAUACUUGGGUCAAGAAUUCAAAAAGUUUGGCCUUGAAUGGUCUACAUGAUCAUUGUGAAGAAGCUCAGCCUGGUGAUAUUUGUUUCUUGCAAUUCACGUCUGGUUCAACCGGUGAUGCUAAAGGAGUUAUGAUCACUCAUGGUGGCCUUAUUCACAAUGUGAAGUUAAUGAGAAGUAGAUACAGGAGCACAUCAAGAACAGUCCUAGUGAUUUGGCUCCCUCAGUAUCAUGACAUGGGACUGAUUGGGGGACUUUUUACAUCUCUUGUCAGUGGUGGAUCGGCGAUUCUGUUUUCGCCAAUGACAUUUAUCAAGAAACCACUCUUAUGGCUUGAAACUAUGAGCAAAUAUCAAGCAACUCACAGUGCUGGCCCAAACUUUGCAUUUGAGUUGGUGAUUAGAAGGUUGGAGUCUGACAAAGACAAGCUUUGGAAUUUAGACCUUUCAUCCAUGAUUUUUCUUAUGGUUGCUGCUGAGCCUGUGAGACAAAAGACUUUGAAAAGAUUUGUUGAGCUGACUAGUCCUUUUGGAUUAUCCGAAAAGGUGAUGGCUCCUGGAUAUGGCUUGGCAGAAAACUGUGUCUUUGUUAGUUGCGCAUUCGGGGAACGAAAGCCUAUCAUUGUUGAUUGGCAAGGAAGAGUUUGUUGUGGAUAUACUCAGCAAGAGAAUGAAGAUAUUGACAUAAGAAUAGUUGAUCCGGAGACAUGUGAAGAGCUUCAAGAGGAUGGAAAGGAGGGAGAGAUUUGGUUUAGUAGCCCAAGUGCUGGAAUAGGAUACUGGGGAAGGGAAGAAUUGAGUCAGAAUACUUUCAAGAACAAACUUCGCAAUCAUCCUGGCCGUUACUACACAAAAACAGGAGAUUUGGGAAGAAUCAUAGAUGGAAAACUGUUCAUCACUGGAAGAAUCAAAGAUCUCAUCAUUGUUGCUGGAAGGAACAUCUACUCUGCAGAUGUUGAGAAGACAGUUGAGACUUCAUCAGAAUUGCUUCGGCCUGGUUGUUGUGCUGUCAUUGGUGUCCCGGAGGAAAUCUUAUCUGCAAAGGGGAUUUCCAUGCCAGAUGGCUCUGAUCAGGUUGGCUUGGUGGUGAUUGCAGAGGUCAGAGAUGGCAAACCAGUUGGCAAAGAUGUUAUUGAGAAGAUUAGGACUCGUGUGGUUGAAGAACAUGGAGUUGGUGUUGCUUCUGUUAAGCUGGUCAAGCCUAGAACAAUCAGCAAAACAACAUCUGGAAAAAUCAAGAGAUUUGAAUGUAUCAAGCAGUUUGCAGAUGAAUCUCUGAACUUGGUUCCACAAGGUUCACAGACUCUAUUGAAGAAAACUUUGCUGAGAUCAUAUACUACCGGAACAUGUGGCGAAGGGAAUACCCCGAGGCCCCGGCUAGUAAGAAGAACACUUGCAGCCAGCAAAAGGAUCAGUAAGAAUGACAUUGUGGAAUUCUUGAAGGGCCUUAUUUCUGAGCAAACUGGAAUUCCAAUCAACAACAUAUCAGUUACAGAUAACCUAACAUCCUAUGGAAUUGAUUCGAUUGGUGUGGUUAAAGCAACUCAAAAGCUCUCGGAUUUCCUUGGAACACCAGUUGCAGCCAUUGAUGUUUUCACUGCAACAAACAUUCUAGAAUUGGCAAACUUCUCUGAGGAUCUGCUAUCCAAGAUUCAGCCUCAGCUUUCAAGCAAUCCAAUCAAUGUUCCAGAAGCUGAAACUUUUUCUACUGAACUGGUUGAAGAGGUAUCUACAUCUAAGCGAUUUGGUAUCCAUUUACUUCAAGUUAUAGCACUUGUUUAUAUUUCCAUCAUGCUAGCCUCACCAGCUUAUAUAUCCAUCAACGCUUUCCUAAGCUUCAUCCCAAGUUUCAGUAUAUCAGUAGAUGGAAUUCCCUGGUCAAAUUAUUUGGUUUCCCUUGCUUUAGCACCUAUUGCUUGGAUUCUUUGCAUUGCUGUUACUUGCAUUUGCAUUUCAUUAUUUGGAAAUUCUUUCUUGAGGCCAAACUAUGCUCUUGCCUCCGAAAUCUCCUUGUAUUCAAUGGACUUUGUCAAAUGGUGGGCAUUAUAUAAGGUCCAAGAGAUUUCUUCUAAAGUUCUAGCAGUUCACCUCAGAGGAACUGUGUUUUUGAAAUACUGGUUUGAGAUGCUUGGUGCUAGGAUUGGAUCCUCAGUGUUGCUUGAUACAGUUGACAUUACCGAUCCGAGUCUUGUUUCGAUUGGAGAUGAAGCUGUCAUUGCAGAAGGUGUUUUGGUUCAAAGUCAUGAGGUAAAAAGCAGAAUUCUAAGUCUCCGUGCUAUCAAGAUUGGCAAAAGUUCCUCAAUUGGACCUUAUGCAGUUAUUCAAAAAGGAAGUGUUAUUGAAGAAGGUGCUGAGGUACAGGCCUUGCAAAAGGUUGAAGGAGGCCAGCCUGUGCUCAAAUCUGCUAAGCUUAAUAAUGUUGAUAAGAAUGCAGAAGUUCCUAGCUUUUACCACUUUAUUGGGAUCUAUCUUGUUAGCUUUCUCAGUUCACUAGCUGCAGCUAUUACCUACUUCAUGUACAUAUGGUUCUCCAAGAAAUCUCCAUCAUUCCUACACUUUUCAUUUGUUUGCAUAUGUGGUGCAUUCCACUGGAUCCCCUUCACCAUUAUUGCAUAUGCUACCAUGUUUUCUGAUGUACCAUCAAAUCCGAUAACCUUUGCCAUUUCAUUUGCCGGCGCCUACCUACUUCAUGGUCUUGUGCUCAUAGCUCUCAGCAGCGCUUUCUCCCAUCUACUCAUCAUGUCCGGUAUAAAGCAAAACCAAUACAGAACUUGGCUUAAGCAACAAGUCACCAUGUCAUGCCACCUUAGAUUCGCGAAGCUUCUCUCAGGAACAGGAGCCUUCUGUAUUUAUUUACGACUCUUGGGUGCGAAAAUUGGCAAGCAUUGUUCCAUUAGAGCAAUCAAUCCCAUUUCAAAGCCAGAACUAAUGACAAUCGGUGAUGGUGUCCAUCUAGGAGAUUUCAGCAAGAUAAUUACUGGUUUUUACUCUUCCAAUGGAUAUACCUCUGGAAAAGUUGAAGUUCAGCAUAAUUCAGUUGUUGGCAGUCAAAGCCUAAUUCUCCCAGGUUCUAUUGUCCAAAAGAAUGUCAUUCUAGGUGCACUUUCAGUUGCUCCAAUGAACUCUAUACUCCAAGAGGGUGGUGUUUAUAUUGGAUCACAAUCCCAACCAGUUAUCAGAAACACAAUGAAUAAUUCUGAUAAAAAUAUAGAAGAGAUGGACACUGAAUGUAAGGAAAAUGCUAACAAUUUGGCGACAACAUUGCAUAAAAAGGACUCAGAUAAAGUUACCUUGACCAGAACAUGGUAUCAAAGUUUCUCAGUACUCUUCAUUCAACCCUUGAUGCAAACAUUUUUGCCUUAUUUUGUGGUUGGUUUAUCAGUUUUUGCACCUUUGGCCCUUAUUGUUCACCAAAAGAAUGCCAUGAAUCUCUCGUUGCAUUGGUUUUUCCCUAUGGUCUGGGUUCUGUCUGGCACUCUAGCUGCAUUGGCAUGUGUUAUAGCCAAAAGGGUUCUUGUAGGAAAGAACAAAUCUGGAGAAAAAGUUCCCAUAUGGAGCACAAGGAUCACCAUGGACAGCACUUGGCAAGCCGUAAGAACACUUGUUGGAGACUUUUUCAUGGACAUGACAAAUGGCUCAUAUUUUCUUGUGUUGUAUAUGAAGCUGAUGGGUGCAGAUGUUGAAACGGAUCACGAAGUUUAUGUGGAUAGCAAUGGAGCAUUGUUGAAUCCUGAAAUGGUGAAGAUUGAAAGAGGUGGCUGUGUGGGAAAAGAAGCAUUGCUGUUUGGACACAUAUAUGAAGGUGAAGAAGGAGGAAUGGUGAAGUUUGGAGAUAUCAAAAUUGGAGAGGAUGGUUUUGUUGGUAGCAGGGCUGUUGCCAUGCCUGGUGUGCAGUUGGAGAAUGAGGGAAAUCUUGGUGCUCUAUCUCUUGCCAUGAAAGAAGAGAUCAUAAGGUCAAGGUAAAAUAUUAGUACUGUCACAGUUGUCCACACCAAACAACUUUCACUUGGUAAUUUGUGCAAACAGUUGGUGCUCGUAUUUAGAGCUUCCUUAGUCAUGAGAUUCUACAAUAAACAAUUUGGGGAUUUCUAACUUAGGAACUUGUUUGUAUAAGUAAUUUACAUUAUGUACCACUGUUUAAUUGAGAGUUGAUACAUUAUAGAGUGAUUCCAAUCGGGAUCACAUUGUACUAUUAAGUUUGUAAGAAUCUCACUUAAUAAUGCUUCACCCUUCA